UGCUCCAUUGUGACGUCAGCGCAGGACGGAGGAGGAGCUGUGUACGCCGAGUGUUCUACUUGAGUCCCAUGACGUCACGCGUACCAAAAAUGCCAUUUAACCGCAUUGUCGCGAAAGUGGACGAGGACAAAACUAUUGUGACUCGUCGUGCAAGCACUCGGAAUAGUUUUAUUCUUGCUUUUUUCUUUUGCCCUUCAGAAGAGAAGCCUCUCGACGCACGCGCAGUAACGUAGGGGCCAGCUAAGAGAACAAGCGAAGAAGAAAAGUUAAGGAGCGCAACAAGAAGUUUGACAACAAUUCCAAAGACGCAAAAAAACAGAUCCCAGCUGACUUGAGGCAAGAGGGGGGACUUACACUCUGAAUUGGUCGGCAGCCAAUGGCAGCAGCAAAUAGAUAAACAGGCCAACAUUUUUUUGUGUGCUCAUUCUCAUUAGGGUUACAGGGGGUGUAUCCUUGGUGAUGACCUGUGAAAAAAAGCGCAGUGGCUUCCAAAUCACCAGUGUGACAUCCGAUUUAAGUCAAAGCUGGGCCGGCCAAUCGGCUCCCGGCGUGAUCCUGACCGUUGUCCAAGCGUCGUCCGCCUCCCGUAGUCCGCGGGGCAGCUCUUCCCAGCCCACGACACCCUCCCUGAAGAGGAAACAUACAUCCCAUGAUGCAUUAGGGCAAGGGGCAAGCGCAUCCUCCAGGUUCCGACUGGUCCGCUUAGCAGGAGGCGGCACGGGCGGGAGAGGACACGGCGACACGUAUGGGCGUGGCCGCUGGAUGUGCACAGACUUUACUGAAGGGCUGAAGCGGGUAAUGGACAGCAUGAGACACGCCCAAUCACUGGAGUCGCUGGAGUCAGUUAGAGGAGCAGUCCAUUCACCAUCUCAGCCAAUCAGAGAUGGUGAAACGGUGGGGAAACUAGUGCCUUCCCCACCUUCUCCAUUACACUUGGCCUCUAAUGUCGGAGGGCAGUCCGUCCUCAGACUCUCUCGCUCUCAGCCAAGCUCGCCACCUCCCACUCUGACCCUCAUCCCGACUCCGGCCACGUUCAGCCUGGACAAUAGCGCUGCCUUCAGCCUGCCGACAGACAUCAGUGUGGUUGCCAUCGACAACAAGAUAGAACAGGCCAUGGACCUGGUGAAGAGUCAUCUAAUGCUAGCCGUACGAGAAGAGGUGGAGCUUCUGAGGGAGCAAAUCAGGGAGCUGCAAGAGCGGAACCAGCAACUGGAGGCCGAGAACCGGGCCCUGCGCGCUCAGGCACACUCGGACCCAAGGCCUCCCUCGCCUGGUCCUGUACCGACGAGCCAACGGGACAACAGUCCGACGCAGGGGGGAGUGUGAGCGUUGCCACGGCAACAGCACAUUUCACUUUUUUGCUGAAUAAACUUCAGUCCAUUUUAUAGUACGCUUAAAUAUACAGCGCCUAACAACCAUCCAUCCAUUUUCUGUACCGUAUUGGGAAAAACCAACUUCCAUUAUCAUCUUGAAGUGUACCAUUUUUGUCAAAUAGACUAACCCAUGGAUCAAUUUUUCUUAGGCCAUCCAUUUUGUACACUGGCAAGGGCACACCCUGGACUGGUCACUUCCAAUUCUAGGUGUUACAUUGACACACACACACACAGCCCAGACAAAACCCUCACAAACACAGGAAAACAUUUAAACUCAGGAAGGCUGUAGCAGAGAUUUUAUUGCCGAACCUCAGAACUGUGAGGAAGACAUGCUAACCACUAUCCACGGUACCGCCCAUUAAAUAAUCAUAGUUGAUUGAAAGGUGAUCAAUGCGGGAUGUAGUGAUCUUAAAAUAAAUGUCUGCGCAACAA